UUAAUUAAAACUGUAAAUUCAUUUUUAGUGGUUGAAUGUUUAAAAUGUAUGCGGAAUGAUAUGGAGGGGGAUUGCCACCGUGAUGUGCGUACAUAUUGCACCGGUGCUUGGUGCACUAAAACUAUUGGUUACCACAACGGGCGUUGGUUAGAAAUGCGUGGAUGUUCCCCAUUCAAUCCUCUUAAUACCCAGAGUUGUAUAACUAUAGAAAGACAAUCAGAACUUUCCCAACUUGGCGAUACACAAAUUCCACAGCAUUUAAGUGUUGAACAAUGUUUUUGUUCAGGGCAGCGUUGUAAUGGCGCAAUUUCAAUUAAAUUUAAGAAAGGAAUAAUUAACUACAUUCUUUCAAGCAUUUUUGCUAUGAUUUUAGCAUUAAGCAUUUAA